AUCAGCACCAUAUACAAGUCGAUAUAACAUAAUAGAUUGAACUUGUUUCAAUAGUACUUUUCUUUGUGAAUAUAGAUUUUUACAAGAACCUUCUAAAAUGUUCAAGUCUCAACCGCUUUCAAAGGCUGUUAAGCCUUUUGCUAACAUGUUGAAAGAUCCAUCAAAGAAGUAUAAAGCUUUUAAAGGUGUUUCUCUUCCAAACAGAACUUGGCCAAAUAAAACUAUCACCAAGGCUCCAAGAUGGCUUUCCACCGAUCUUCGUGAUGGUAACCAAUCUCUUCCAGAUCCAAUGUCGAUUCCUGAAAAGAAGGAAUACUUUCACAAAUUACUUGAACUUGGAUUUAAAGAAAUUGAAGUUUCUUUCCCAUCUGCAUCUCAAACUGAUUUUGAUUUCACCAGAUAUGCUGUCGAAAAUGCCCCUGAAGAUGUAUCUAUUCAAGUUUUGACUCAAUCCAGAGAACCUCUCAUCAGAAGAACCGUCGAAUCGGUCAAAGGUGCCAAGAAGGCCACUAUCCAUACUUAUCUCGCAACUUCAGAUGUCUUCCGUGAUGUUGUCUUCAACAUGACUCAAGAAGAUGCCGUUAAGAAGGCCGUCGAAACCACCAAGCUUGUUAGAUCCCUUACCAAGGAUGAUCCAAACAUGCAAGAAACUGAAUGGAGCUUUGAAUUCUCUCCAGAAUGUUUCUCUGAUACUCCAACUGAAUUUGCUGUUGAAAUUUGUGAAGCCGUCAAGGCUGCUUGGGAACCAACCGUUGAAAACCCAAUUAUUUUCAACUUGCCAGCUACUGUUGAAGUUGCUUCUCCAAAUGUUUAUGCUGAUCAAAUCGAAUAUUUCUGUAACCAUAUUUCUGAACGUGAAAAAGUUUGUGUUUCUGUCCAUCCUCACAAUGACAGAGGAUGUGGUGUCGCUGCUGCCGAAUUAGGUGUCAUGGCCGGUGCUGACAGAGUCGAAGGUUGUUUGUUUGGUAAUGGUGAAAGAACUGGUAACGUUGACUUGAUCACUGUUGCUCUUAACAUGUACACUAACGGUGUUUCUCCAGAAUUGGACUUUUCUGACAUUGAAUCUUUAAUUGAUAUUUCUGAAAGAUGUAACAAGAUCCCAGUUCACCCAAGAUCUCCAUACAGUGGUUCUUUAGUUGUUUGUGCCUUCUCUGGUUCUCACCAGGAUGCCAUCAAGAAGGGAUUUGUCAAGUCUGAAGCCAGAGCUGCUCAAGGUGACGAAUCCUGGGCUAUCCCAUACCUUCCUCUUGAUCCUAAGGAUGUUGGCAGAUCUUACGAAGCUGUUAUUCGUGUAAACUCUCAAUCAGGUAAGGGUGGUGCCGCUUGGAUCAUCUUACGUAGUAUGGGUUUGGAUGUUCCAAGACACAUGCAAGUUGUUUUCUCAUCUAUCGUUCAAACUGAAGCUGACAAGUUAGGUAGAGAACUCAAGGCCGAUGAAAUUGUUCAAUUAUUCAAGACUCAAUUUUUGGACUCUGAAAGUUCCGCCAUCAAAUUGGUCGAUUUCGAUGUCUCAAAGAACAAGGGUAGCGAGUCUGUUCGUUCAGUAGUCGUUGACCUUUCCGUAAACAACACUAGUGAGAGCAUUUCCGGUGAAGGUAACGGUCCAAUUUCAGCAUUUGUUGAUGCUAUUUCCAAAAAGUUCGGCACUCACUUUGAAGUUGCAAACUAUGUAGAACAUUCUUUGGGGUCAGGUACUCAAGUCAAGGCAGCUACAUACAUUGAAUUGAGCUACAUUAACGAAGCUGGCGAGAAGGUUAACCGUUGGGGCUGUGGUAUUCAUUCCGAUGUUUCCCAAGCUUCAAUGCAAGCCAUUAUCUCUGUUAUUAAUUCUUUAAUCGAAUGCAAGGAAAUCUCUAUCUAGAGUUCAACUUGAAUUAUGGAUUAGAGUGAGCUUGUUAUUGAGUAGUUCUAAUCCAAUUGACUUUAUAUAUACAAUAAUAAAAUACUACGUAUUCAA